AUGAAGCGCGCCGCCGCCGCCAGCCGCGCUCCGGGCGCAAAGUUCGGCGGCUUCGGUGCUCCGGGCGGGACGGGCACCCUGUCGUACCUCGCCGAACCCCCGUCCUUUAGCGCCGUCUCGGACCCGAAUGUCGUUGUGUCUCUCAAGAACCUGCUGAAGAAGGACAGCACCACCAAGACAAAGGCCCUGGAGGAUCUGCUGGCGCAUGUCCAGGCGCGGCCCUUUGAGAAGGAUGGCGGCGUCGAGGAUGCCAUCCUGGAUGUCUGGACCGGCAUGUAUCCGCGCAUCAGCAUCGACAACGCCCGCCGCGUCCGCGAGCUGGCGCAUAACCUCCAGUUCGAGCUCAUCAAGUCGGCGCGGAGGCGAGCCGAGAGACACAUUCCCAAGAUUGUGGGCGCGUGGCUGGCUGGGCUCUACGAUAGGGACCGGGCCGUUGCGCGCGCCGCCAGCGACGGGCUGUCGUCCUUUAUCAACACUCCGGAAAAGGUCAUGGCGUUCUGGAGGAAGUGCCAGACGCAGAUCCUCGACUACGCCAUCGAUGCGAUCCGAGAAACACAGGAUACACUCAGCGACGAGAGAUCUACGACCAAGGAUGAUGCCGAGGCCAAGUACAUCAGAGUUGUGGGCAGCAGCCUGUCGCUCGUGCUCAGUCUUCUUCAGAGGCUCAGCGACGAAGAAGUCGCCAACCAGAGCGACAAACUCGACGAGUUCUUCUCCGAGGAGACUGUAUGGCGUACCAUCACCUUCAACGACAGCGCCGUGAGAAAGACUGUAUGCCACCUUGUCAUCACUUGCCUUAACCGCAAGCUCCCCUAUGCCGAGUCCACCCAGGCCAAGCAAGCCAUGGUCACGGGCGGCCUCAAGACCAGCCAGAGUGGUUCUGCGCUCGACUAUGUCCGGGCCUUGACGAGGCUGUCGCAAGCUGUCCCCGACCUCUGGACACCCUCUCCCAAAGAAAAGAAGCCCGCGCUCUCACGAUUACGACAGUUUAUCGAAAAGGGUUCGCAAGGCUGUCCCGCAAAGUACUGGGAACAUCUUGACGAGCUCAUAUCCGUUCUCCCAGAAGAACAGAUGAAGAAACUCGAGACUGCCUCUGACUUUCUGGGGGCCGUCAAAUCCGGCGUUACCAAUCGCGAAGAGCCUCGAACAAACACAUCCAUGGCCUGGAAGUGCUACAUUGAUACUCUCAAGCGCCUCAUCAGAAACCUUUCCGACGACGAGAAGCUCGUCUUCGCCCGCGAGCAGAUCUUCCCCCUCUUCGAACACUCGCUCCUUACUGUAUCUGACAAGCCAGUGGCCAUUCCUCUGGGCCCCAAUGCCAUGUUCAUUCUGGUCGAAGCUCAUCUUACUAUUCUUCGGAGCCCCUCAGCCGUCAUCGCGGCAUCGGCAGAGGAGUGGGCACGCUUGGCUGAUUUGCUGUGUACGAGAAUCGCUGGUUCUCUGCCAGAGGUGUCCAAAGAGUACCAGUCAUCUCAGGAGAAGAUUGCCGAGGAAGGUCGCCGGUGGUUUGGCCUUGUUGGAGAAAUUCACAGGAAGCUGGUUGUCAUCGGUGAAUCUCUGCCAGAUCAGACCGCAGCUCCAUCCAAGACCGUCAUCGACCAGUGCCUCACCAUCUUACAGAACCGCAACAUGAAACCUUUUGGGGCCGCGGGCGCCCUCGAAUACGCGCUUAGCACCGCACAGCAUCUUUUCGAUGGCGAGACUGGAGACAAGGUAUCGGAAUUCUUGGCUGCGGCGGCGCGAGACUCGGCGGAAAAGGUUAUUCAAUCUGCUUCGAGCAGGCCGCUGCUGUCCUGCCUUAACCUCCUAGGAGCAAUCCCGUCUAGAUACCAAGCUUACGGCGCCAUCUGGGGAUCCUGGGUCGAGGCGGUCUUGGAAUUUCCCGAUCGUGCUACUCGCAAUUCAGCUCUCAUAUCCCUUAUUUCCGAAGAAAAGGCUUCUGAACUCACCCGAGGGAAUGCCAAAUUGCAGGCUUACAUCAUAACGGAAGCAAUCGACUCUGUCAAGAACCAGGCACCCGGAUGGGAGCUUCUAGAGGCCAGCAUGAGCGAGAAAGGCCUCUCCGACGAGAGCUGCAAAGAGCUAUCUGAAAAGCUAUUGGAAAUUCUUGACAAGGAGCAAGAAUCUGCGGAGCCGGCACUAAGAGCGUUAGAAGUCCUUGCCAAGGGCAGGCCACAGCUUUUCACCGAAAAUGAUUCGCUUCAUACAGCCUUGGUUGCUCAGUUAUUGGGCCUGUCUGAGAUCAGCAGCAAUGUCGUUUCAUCAAAGGCCAUCGCAAUUCGCGCCCUUUUGCAGGGAGACGGAGCCGGUACUCAGCCGGUGAUUGAGAUCAUACAAGACAACCUCGAACGAGCAGGCCCUCAGUCGUUGGAUAUCGAAACUCUAUCCAAGCAGGCUCAACAAGCGCACGCUGCCGGCAUUGCCGUUGAGGAAAUCUUUCCGAGCACGAAUGUCUGGAUGCAGAAGUUGGCGCCUUUCUUGGAACAACCCAUCAACCCUUCUCUGUCCAUCACCAACAGCCUGGGCGGUGCCGUCACGCUGGCCAACUUGACUGCUCAGCCGACUGAGGUUCGCGUGCACAGAGACAGAAAAGGUCGUUCAGUACCAUUAAGAAUGUCUCUUUACUCUGCACUCCUUUUGAAGGAAGGGAUUGACAUUACCAAGCUGCCGCGUCAGUUUCAGAUAGAGUUGCUGUGUAUCCAGUGCCUCACCAUAGAGCUUGCUACGGAUCAGAUUACCUCGAGGGACGACAACUCUCUUUGGCGAACCUUGGAUACUGCUGACGCCCUGUCAGAAGCAGAAUCUCUGGUGACGACGCUGAGGAACUAUGUUGUCAACAAGAGCUCCUUGGCGUCCCAGUGGUGGGACAAUUCGGUGGACGAAGAGCAGGCUCAUGUUUUCCGAGGACUUGUUGAGCUCCUCAAAGAGGAGUCGAGAGAAUUGACGCCCAGAGGCGUUUACAGUGCUAGGGCUCUCAGUGAGAUCAUCCAGGUCUUGUCAGAAGCACAUGGACUGCCGCCUAGUCUGGAGGAAAGCCUUCUCAAGCCAGUGCUGGCAAAGGCUACCCCGGAGACUGCACUCCUCGCCGCUGCCUCGAUAUCGGGGCUGGGCGAGACGAUAAAGUCGUCCAAGCUGGUGAGCAACUUUUGCAAUCGGCUUGUCAGUGACGUCGCGGGGGCUUCUGCAGGUGAUAGCAAAACCAUGAUGAUCCUCGUCCUGCUUUCCCUGUCUGCGCAGGUGUACGCUGGCGGAGAGCUGCCCGUGGCUAAUAACCGUAUUGUGUUUGCCGUCAGACAGAUCACAUCGUGGCUUGAAGAGGAAGAGCCAUUGAGCGCUCCUCUCUCUGCCGAGAUCUGCCGCGUGCUGAAUCUACUGCUACCUUGCAUGAGUGAUGUGUUUGGCUCGUAUUGGGAAAAGGCCAUUGAGUUCAGCCUUGACCUGUGGGAGAAGGCAGCUAGCCACCCCCUCCCAGACGCUCUACCCUUUAUCCAUUCCUCGCUCAAGCUCAUGAAGACGCUCGAGAACCUUGAGGAUGCAAAUGAUGACCUACAAGACGCCCUCCGAGAAUCAGCAAGCAAGAAAUCCAAGUCGCUGAUUGAGCUGCUGAAGCUUCCCCGUGGCGCCAGCAGCCAACCUCUAGAGAUUGCGGAUGCUCUGCUAUGCCGAGAGGUGGAAAAGGUGUCUAUCAAGAACAUAAGAGACAUUCCAGAAAUUUAUGAGCUUGUUGCUUCGGAGUCUCAGAACAUUCAGACUGCAGCUUUCGAUUUGCUACACAGGGCGCUACCGGCCAUUCAGGCGCAAAAGUCAAUUGACAUUCUUUUGGAUAAGACUGAUGCUCGUUUGCCCGAUGAGCUGCUGUCGUUGCUUCUCGACGCACCAACUCUGGAGCGCUACUCGGACGAAAUGCUCGCGCAAUUCCCGUCACCGAUUCGAAGCUACUUGCUAUCAUGGAAGCUUGUUUUUGAUGGCUAUUCAGCAUCCUCAUUCAAGAUGAGAAGCGAUUUCACGGAAAACCUCAAGACGGGUGACUACAUAUCUCCCUUUUUGGAUUUCAUGUUUGACGUCUUGGGCCACUCGGCCGCACACCCGUUGAACCUCGAAAAGGAACAGCUUACGACGGAGAACAUUCAAAACUACGACGUCAAGGUUGCUCAGUCAGAGCCUGAAGAAAGGAACAUGCAGUGGCUGCUGGUGCACCUGUUCUACCUCACGCUCAAGUACAUCCCAGGCCUCUUCAAGGCGUGGUAUCUCGCCUGUCGCUCCAAGCAGACGCGCAUCGCUGUGGAAGCAUGGACGACAAAAUACUUUUCGCCCCUCAUCAUCUCCGAGACACUUGAUGAUGUGCAAGAAUGGGUGGACCAGCAGGAUGCUCCAGGGGUUGAUGAGCAGGAAGUGCUGGUCAAGAUCUCAAAGAAUGCUCGGGAGGUGAUUGUAGGCUACGAAGUCGACGAUACACAGGCCUCAAUCGUGAUCAAGGUGUCGCCAAACUACCCGAUCGAAGCCGUGACGGUCACGGGCCAGGAAUCCGUGGCCGUCAAAGAGCGCACAUGGAACAGCUGGAUCAUGACGACUCAAGGUGUCAUUACAUUUUCCGGAGGUAGCGUCAUCGACGGCGUGCAAAUCUUGAAGCGCAACAUUGUCGGCGCGCUCAAGGGCCAGACGGAGUGCGCCAUUUGCUACAGCGUGAUUGCGGCAGACAAGCGCAUGCCGGACAAGAGGUGCACGACGUGCAAGAACUUGUUCCACCGGACGUGCUUGUACAAGUGGUUCCAGAGCAGCAGCCAGAAUACUUGUCCUUUGUGCAGAAACCCGAUUGAUUAUCUGGGUGCUGAUACACAGAAGAGGAGACGCGGUUAG